UCUAGGGUUUUUAGUGAUUAAACGACACCCACCGUCCCUUUCCCUCCAUUCUCUCUCCCUCUUUCUCAUUCUCAGGUGCGCUUCUAUUUCCCAUUCAAUUUCACCUAUAUACCUGCAAAUGUAUUCGCUUCUAUUCAUAUUACUGCAUUUAUAGCUCAAUACUAUUUCUCCGUCAAUGGCAAGAGCCCCUGCCAGAACCCUCCUCUAUCUCUGUUCCUCUUCCAAGAGAAACUUCUUUAGGGCCACAGUUUUUCCCUGCUCAAACCGUUUCCUCCAUGCCCGAACUCCAGAGAAAUUCCAAGAUUACCCCUUCCAUGAGCCCAGAUUACAACCCCAGCCUCAAUUCUUGCACACCCACUUCGCCCAAUUCACAAAGUUUGGAUUUUUUGGUUUCAGUGGACGCCAUUUUUCGGCGCUGGUUGGGAAUGAUGGUUCUUGUUCGAGUCCAGGGGAAAGUGUGGAUGGUGAAGCUGGGAAUUUGGAGUUGGGAAAGGAGGAGAAUGAAGAUGGGAAGGUUGGGUGUGAGAAAAGACUGGAUUUUGGUCAUAUAGUGGGCCGUGAUCCAGUGGAAAUUUAUAGGGAGCUCAGAGAUGCUAGCAAGGGGGAGAAGCAAACCCGGGGAGAUUGGGAUUCCUGUACUGAGAUUUUUAGUUGUUUUGCAAAGUCUGGAUGGGCAUCAAAUCAGGCAUUAGCUGUUUAUAUUGGGGCUUCAUUUUUCCCCACUGCAGUGCUUAAAUUUCGUAAGUUUUUCUUCAAGAAAUGUAAGACUGACAUUGUUAAAUAUUUGGUCUCCCUUGGCCCUUCUCAUGAAGCUGAGGAGUUCUUGUUUCCAAUGUUUGUUGAAUUUUGCUUUGAGGAGUUUCCUGAUGAAAUUAAGAGGUUUAGGUCUAUGGUUGAGUCAGCAGAUUUGACAAAACCGCAUACUUGGUUCCCAUUUGCAAGGGCUAUGAAACGUAGGAUUAUAUAUCACUGUGGUCCGACUAAUAGUGGAAAGACGUAUAAUGCGCUUCAGAGAUUCAUGGAAGCGAAGAAAGGGAUCUAUUGUAGUCCACUAAGGUUGUUGGCCAUGGAGGUUUUCGAUAAGGUUAAUGCUGUAGGGGUUUAUUGUAGCCUCCUCACUGGGCAAGAGAAGAAGUCGGUUCCAUUUUCGAGUCAUGUUGCUUGUACUGUUGAGAUGGUGUCUACGGAUGAGUUGUAUGAUGUGGCUGUUAUUGAUGAAAUACAAAUGAUGGCAGAUUCGUGUAGAGGAUAUGCAUGGACGAGGGCUUUGCUUGGGUUAAAGGCCGAUGAGAUACAUUUAUGUGGCGAUCCGAGUGUUUUGAAUAUUGUUAGGAGGAUUUGUUCUGAUACGGGGGAUGAGUUGGUAGAGCAACAUUAUGAGCGGUUUAAACCGUUGGUGGUCGAAGCGAAGACCCUUCUUGGGGAUCUGAAAAAUGUAAAAUCUGGAGAUUGUGUUGUUGCGUUUUCGAGGAGAGAAAUAUUCGAGGUUAAAUUGACAAUUGAGAAGUUAACGAAUCAUCGUUGUUGUGUUAUAUAUGGAGCAUUGCCACCAGAAACUCGCAGGCAUCAGGCUUCGUUGUUUAACGAUCCGGAUAACGAGUACGAUGUCCUGGUUGCUAGUGAUGCGGUAGGAAUGGGAUUGAAUCUAAAUAUUCGACGGGUUGUCUUCUAUAACCUGUCAAAAUAUAACGGUGACAAGAUUGUCCCCGUUCCAGCGUCUCAGGUGAAGCAAAUUGCUGGAAGAGCUGGCAGGAGAGGAAGCAGAUUUCCCGAAGGAUUAACCACCACUUUGCAUCUGGAGGAUUUGGAUUAUUUGAUCGAGUGCUUGAAGGAACCUUUUGAUGAAGUUAAGAAAGUCGGGCUCUUUCCUUUCUUCGAGCAGGUCGAGCUAUUUGCGGGGCAACUCUCAAAUGCCACCUUCUCGGAGUUACUCGAAAAGUUUGGAGCUAAUUGCCGUUUAGAUGGUUCUUACUUCCUGUGUCAACACGGUCACAUAAAGAAAAUAGCUAAUAUGUUGGAGAAAGUCCAGGGAUUAUCUCUCGAAGAUCGUUUCAAUUUUUGCUUUGCCCCUGUUAACAUCAGAGACCCGAAAGCAAUGUACCAUCUACUAAGGUUUGCGUCGUCAUAUGCCCAAAACCUGCCUGUUAACAUAGCGAUGGGCAUGCCAAAGUGCUCUGCCCGUAAUGAUUCGGAGCUCUUGGAUCUCGAGACUAGACACCAAGUGUUGUCUACUUAUAUGUGGUUGUCUAACCACUUUGAAGAGGAAAAGUUCCCGUAUUUUAAGAAGGCUGAGGCAAUGGCAGCGGGCGUUGCUGAAUUACUGGGCGAGUCACUGACUAAAGCUUGCUGGAAACCAGAAUCGAGAUCAGGCGGAAAACCUAGGAUGCAGGAGAAGGAUAAUAGGGAAAAGCGUGAGAAAUCAUUACCAGGACAGCAAGAGGAGAACAAGGUUGCUGCACAAUGCUCCUAAUGAGGUAGUAGUAGCGGGACAGAAGGAAAUGGAUCAAGAUUGUGCAUUUCUGACUCAACGCCUCAACGUCAUGAUUUAUUCGAAAAUGGGUUCUCAUGUGCGUUUCUUGGCCAAAACAUACGCUUUCUCGACACAGAUGGAACAGAAUACCAUUCUCGCCAUUCUUCAUCGGUUCGUUGAAUGCCAUACUCUGACCAGAAUCCCGAUGCUCACUAUAAUCAACUGGUGAAUUACAGUAAUAGUAAGCUCUUGGCAUUGGAUCAAGAGGGAUGAUUUGAAAAGACAGCUUGUUGGAGGUGGUAGAAGUUCAGUUUUUUUGUAGCUAAUCUUAUUUGUAGGUUCAUACUCCUUAAGUCCUUUUCUUAUACAGAACAAAUGGUGAUGAAAGUAUUCAUGCUGUGUUAAAAGCCUCCCCCAAAGUACAUUCUUUUUGACAGUAUUCCAUAUGAAAAAAGGUCAAUUUUUGUCUAA